AUGGACGAAGAAGAGGUUAUGGAGAUUUUGAAAAACAAUUUGCUCCCUGAAACCCGCGAAAAGCUUUUGUAUCAGCCAGUACACUCAGUUGGACAUUUACGUAGGUUAGUAAACAUGAGUGAGAAUUUAGAAAAUGAGCUCCGUUGCCGUGCAGAAAGCGCUACCAAACCGAGACCGGCAGUCAAUCGCCGUCAAGUCUAUGCCCUUGAGGACGCUUGUCAUGAACCAACAGAAGAUGUAGAUAUUGGAGGAGAGUUAGCAGCUCUUCGUAGUAGCCACUCGAAAACCAAGUGUUGGAACUGUGAGGAGUUAGGUCACAUUUGGGAAAACUGUUUGUCAGAACGUCGUAUUGUUUGCUACGGAUGUGGCGCUCCGAAUGUCUAUAAGCCACAGUGCACAGCUUGUCUCCGAAAAUUAUCGGAAAACCGUCAAACGGGUGCAUCCAACGCCAACCGGAUGGGCCCGAAAGCUAACCAGAACGAUAUGCGCAGCUAUGCUGAAGUUUCGUUCUUGACGUAUAAAAAACUUGGUCUCUUGGAUACAGGAGCGAAUAUAAGCUGCAUCGGUUCCUCUCUUGCAACAGAAGAUUUUUCUAAGAUACCUGAAUUUAAACCUUUAAAAUCACUAGCUAGAACCGCAGAUGGUGAAGAACAGAAAAUUAUAGGAGUUCUUGACAUUCUUAUGACUUAUAAAACAGUCAAAAUGCCAAUGAAACUUUCUCUAGAUAACACUGUGGACUCAACUGGAACCACAGAAAACGUGUACCCUUUGAGUCAGCAGCAAAUUCAGCAGUUAGAAGUCGUUAAGGCUUUGUUUCCGAAUGCUACUAAAGCUUUAGGACGUACCACAUUUAUCCAACAUCAUAUUGAUGUAGGAGACGCAAAGCCUGUGAAACAGCGUUUCUACCCCGUAAGCCCGGCUGUAGAGAAAUUGCUUUAUAAAGAGAUCGAUCGUAUGCUCCAACUGGAUGUAAUUGAGCCGUCGGUCAGUGCUUGGAGUUCACCCAUGCGUCUCGUUGUGAAACCCAACAAAGUUCGACUUUGCUUGGAUGCCCGCAGACUUAACGAAGUCACAAAAAAGGACGCUUACCCUUUACCUAGUAUUGACGGAAUCCUUUCUAGACUACCUAGCGCUAAUAUAAUCACCAAACUGGACCUUAAAGAUGCAUAUUGGCAAAUUGAGCUCAGUCCUGACUCAAAGCCGUUGACCGCCUUUACGGUCCCGGGACGACCGCUUUAUCAAUUUAAGGUAAUGCCAUUUGGGCUAUGCAAUGCCCCGUCUACUAUGUGCCGCUUGAUGGAUGAAAUCAUUCCACCUGAUCUUCGACAUUGCGUUUUCGGUUAUCUCGAUGACCUUUGCAUUGUGUCGGAAGACUUUUCAUCACAUCUCGCUGUGUUAGUUCGUUUAGCGGAGAAAUUCCGCAAAGCAAAUUUGACCCUCAAUAUUGACAAAAGCCAAUUUUGUGUCACAAGCAUUAACUACCUAGGUUAUAUCAUUGGUAGCGGAGGUAUUCGUACAGACCCUGCUAAAGUGCCAUGCAUUUUAAACUGGCCCUCGCCUAAAAACUUGCAGCAA